AUGCCCUCCCCGGCGCCCAUACCACACGUCCGGCCAGCCCCACUCGCUUGUUUGGAGUGCCGCCGCUCCCAUCUCAAGUGCGAUGGCGGUAGACCCGCCUGCGAGCGCUGCCAGACUCGCAACUAUGCUUGCACCUACAAGCGUUCCGGGCGUGGGCGGCGACGAGGUGUUACGCGCUUGACGCCACCAGCCGAUGAGCAGCAGCCGGUGGUGGCCGAACAGCCGCCCUACUCUUCUUCAUCCACAACACCACAUCUUUUCCUCACUGCCAAUGCGCCCACACUCAAUGAGGCGCCCUCACGCUCCCAGCGGCCGUCUCUCGGUACCGGGAGUCCAUUGGACCCUCUGCUACUGCAAAGCGGGCCGCCCCUAGCCUGGUCCGAUGAUGAGCAUCUGGUCGACCUCUACUAUCUGAAUUUCCACGCAGCCCACCCAGUCCUCCUCCCAAGACACCUGUACUGGGAGCAGGCCUACCCUCAAUACCUCAAGGCUGUCGUUCACUACAUUGGCAGCUGCUUUUCCUCAUCGGCACCAAGAACCGAGCUGCGUCAACGCGCUACGCAAGAACUUGGCCAUGUGUGCCAGCCUACCCCCGAGCUUGUGCAAGCAAAACUCCUCUAUUCAGUAGCUCUCUUCGCUCAGAACGCCGCAGAGGAAGGCCAAAGCCUGCUCGAUUCCGCUAUUCAGAAUGCUUUGACCCUUGGUCUACACACUCGCGACUUUGCCGCCAUGUAUGCUGCAGGAUCAACAAUCCUGGAAGAGAGCAUGCGACGAACCUGGUACGAACUCUACGUCGUUGAUGGCUGUGUUGCCGCAUUGCAGCGAAGGUCGACUUUCGAGGCCAACAUGGCCAACGCAGAUGUACUUUUACCAUGCGAAAACUUCAUCUAUGAGGGCGGAAUGUGCUUCGUCCCGCCGACACUAGCCGAGUUUCACAACAACGUCUUUGCAGAAGAAGAAAAGGUCUUCUCUUCCUUUUGCUAUCGCAUCGAAGCAACACGACUUCUCGGGCGAGUUUUGACGAUUGCUGGAACACAUGGCGUUCACAGGGACCUCGUUCAAGCAGUCGAUAACUCCCUGGCUGCUUUCAUCCACCAUCUCCCACGUACUAAGAGUGAGAACCAGAUUGCCAACACUUUUGGCGAGCUGGACGAGCUCAUGUUCCAGGCUCAUACCAUCAUUCAGUGGGGAACCAUUCUUCUGCACUAUCCUAGAGGUGAUCUCGUCACUCCUAACUCCCUCACACAAAAUGUACCUGGCGCCGAUUGCACCAAGCUCCUUUGCCCUUGCAAUCGCCAACACGUACACUCAGUCAAAGCCGUCGAAGCGUCCAGAGCCAUAUCAAUGCUAGCCGCCCUCCAAGCUCCUGCCCACAAGCACAGCCCCCUUUUCGUGUAUCCUCUUGCUCUGGCUACGGUAGUGCAGCUAUCCAUCAGUGCAGUACAUGCGAGGACAGUUGGAAAUUGCAUAGAACAACAUUCUGAUCGAGUCAAGUUGCUGCUGGGUGUAUGCAAGACAUUGGGUCGACAUUGGCCAGUGGCUGACAGCGUGAUGUGCACACUGAAAAAGGUGGCAAGCGCCGUAUUCCAAGCACCGUGUCACAUGCCCUCGAUUCCUUCACACCAUGGACAUUCACCAGAGAACAUUGUAACUUCGCUUGCAAGCAUGCCGGUUGAAAGAAGUCAAUUUGAUGACAUCGAUUUACACAACCUAUAUGAUCUUAUGGGCAUAGACAAUUGCUCUGUGAACACGUAG